CUCCGCCGUCGCAUUGGCACCCCACCGGACCAAACCCGAAUCUCAUACGCUCUCUUGCUCGCUUCAAUCAAUGGCGGGCUAGUGCCGAAGCGAAGACGCGAGAACCUGCGAUAUUUCUGGUUCUGCUUGCCUGUCACUCUAUCAGCAACCACAGCUUGGGUGCAAUGAGCACCGCAAGAGUUCAGGGAAGAUUAGAUUACCUUAAUUCACAGGAGCCUGGUGAUGCAUCACAGGCUACUGCCAUUGACAUUGUGGAAAGGCUGCUGGCAGAAGAUGAGACAGAAACCUCUCAGAAGAUAAGUGCCGAACCAAUGAGUGGGACAAAGUCAGCUUCUAUAAUAGGCACAAAAGUAGCCCAGUGCCUGGCCAAAAGAGGUGACUGCAGUAGCUCACUCCAAAAGGCAGGCAUUUUUGACUGGGUUGAUGCUUCGAGUGAUGAUGAAUGCACAGCCAUUAUGACUUCCAGGAAAAAACAAAGGAUCCAAGCUAAUACUCAAGCGAAGAAUUUGACCUCCCAGAGAUAUGGUGGUCGUGGAUCAAUUGCCACUGUUGGUUCCAUAUCAGAUUGUACUGGCGGUAAGUCAGGCUUGAAUUCUUCUAAAAAGCCAGAACCUGUUGGUUCUACCGAUGAUUUAUAUGAUAUUGGUCCAUAUACUCAGAUGGCAGCUGAAGCCAUGGAAGCACUGUCCAAUGCAUCAACUGUCAAUUAUGUAGUCAGGGAGAAUGCACAUCCUGAAAGCUCAGUUCUUAGAACAAACAUGGGAAAAGAAAGCAAAGCCAAUAAGAUAUGUUUUGAGUUGUCACUUCAAAAGCGAAUUGGUGGAAGUUCAAGCUCUGUGAAAAAGCAUCCCAGCAAGUUAAAAGACAAGAAGAGUCGAAAACAGAUGACAAGGAAAGCAAAAGGAAGCAUAGACAGUACCACUAUAGAAGGAGAUACAAAUCAUGAGGUGUCUGAAGGAGUUAAGGGAUCUGGUGCAAGUGAUUCAAAUGUUGUAGGUUCUAAUGCUGUAAUGUGCCCUAAAAGGAAGAGGACCUAUAUGUUUAUCUCAAGAAGUUCAAAAGUUCAAUUCAAUAAAGCUGGGAGCUCAACUACACCAAGAUCCAAAAGUAAAGAAGUAGUUGAUGUAUCAACAACAAAACCAGUUAGUGUAUCUGGCCCUGAUUUAAACCAGCUUGCCAGAGUAGAAAAACAAUUCACAUCUGCACAGGAAGAUCAUAACUCCAGCUUGACAAACAGAGGACCACUGGGAGAGCUAAACAGUAAAUGCUCCCAUUUUAGGACACAAGUAUCAAAGAAGCCACUGAAGAGAGGACUUGUGAAAUCACCAGGUUCCAGAGAACUUGUCAGUCUGUUAAGAAAUGAAGCAUCUCUAGUUUUGCAGACAAGCAGGCAAAGAAGAAACAUGUCCAAAGUCCAUGUCCUGUUGAGCCAUAGCAUGGAUAAGGAAACCAUCAAAAUGCAAACAAAGAUAUUGAUAUAUUUUGGACUACAAGUGGCGGCAACUAUUUCAGAAGCUACACACUUUGUUGCCGAAAAGUUUGCCCGUACAAGGAACAUGCUUCAAGCAAUAGCUAUGGGAAUACCUAUAGUCACGCCAUCAUGGCUUGAAUGCUGUAGAGAAGCAAGGUGCUUCGUUGAUGAGAAGGCAUACAUUAUGAGAGAUAUGAAGAAGGAAAAGGAGCUAGGUUUUAGCAUGCCUGUCUCACUUAGCAGAGCCCGCAAAAAACCAUUGCUUCAGGGUAGAAGAGUAUUAAUCACACCAAACGCCAAGCCUAGCAAGGAGCUUCUGAAGAGUUUAGUAGUUGCAGCUCACGGUCAGCCAUUGGAGAGAAUCACAGCCUCUACAAUGAAGAAGAAAAUUUUUGAGGGGGCCUUUGUACUCUCUUGUGAACAAGAUCACAGUGUUUGCAUGCCAUUAAUUGAGAGUGGUCUGGAAGUGUUUGACUCGGAGCUUCUACUGAACGGUAUUGUCACUCAGAAGCUAGAGUUCGCCAGGUAUCGUCUUUUUCCAUGAAUAAGCCAUAUGCCCAUAUGAGUGCGAUCUGGGUAGGUUUGGUUCCGGCACCAUGCAUGCCAGACAAAGCACUCUUGUACAUAUGCAUCCUUAUCCUUCUCUAGUUACUCUGACCCCUUGCACACUAGUGUGUAUUUAUUGUUCGAGCCUCUGGCCCUUAUUACCAUAAUUAUUUGCUUUUGUAUUGGCUCUUGGUACGUAGGCCAUGUGAGAUUUUUGUACCCUUUUGUUGUAUGGCAGUGACCAUGUUAGCCUAUAUUAAAGCUAAGUACCUGCAUGGAUUGGAUAUAUC